GAGAAGUAUAAAUGGCUUGCCCCCAAUUCUGAGAGACACCUGAUCCCCCGACACUCACACCAUGGGCGACUACGUAGACAAGAAGAACCCAGUGGAGAAGAGCACCAUCGAGCACGACGACUAUGUCGGCUCGGACGGCGACAUCGAGCUCCAGGAGGUCAACACCAAGGCGAUCAUCCGCAAGUGCGACAUUCGCAUCAUCCCCUGGGUGGCACUCCUCUACCUCUUGUCAUUUUUGGACCGCACCAACAUCGGAAAUGCCAACAUUUUCGGCCUGUCCACCGACCUUGGCCUCACUUCGACCGAGUAUGCCAUGUGUCUGGCCUUCUUCUUCAUCUUCUACGUUCUCUUUGAAGUGCCGAGCAACAUCGUCAUGAAGGCCUGGCGGCCAUCGAUGUGGAUCCCCAUCAUCAUGAUCGCAUGGGGCGUCGUCAUGGUCGGCAUGGGCUUUGUGCGGAACUUUGAGGGCCUCCUCGCUGCCCGUAUCAUUCUCGGUGUCACUGAGGCGGGCCUGUUCCCCGGCAUCGCCUUUUUCCUGACGCAGUGGUACCGCCGUUUCGAGAUCUCGCUGCGUGUCGCUCUUUUCUUCUCGGCCGCCACGAUCGCGGGUGCCUUCGGUGGCCUCCUCGCCCGUCUCAUCAACCUUAUGGACGGUGCAGCCGGAUACGAGGGCUGGCGCUGGAUCUUCAUCCUCGAGGGCAUCGCGACUGUUGUCGUUGCCAUUGCUUCGUUCUGGAUGAUGCACGACUACCCGGACACCGCCAAGUUCCUGACCCCCGCCGAGCGCAAGGUCCUCCAGGAGCGUCUUCGCCUCGACACCGACGGCUGCUCGGGCGAGUACAAGAAGCGCUUCAUCCGCGACGCAUUCUUUGACUGGAAGUCGUGGUUCUUCGGCCUUGCCUUCUUCUCCGCCGUCGUGCCGCUGUACUGCUUCUCCCUCUUCUCCCCCACCAUCAUCAGGCAGCUCGGCUACACGGCCGGCAUGGCACAGCUCAUGUCGACGCCGCCGUACGUCGCUGCCUCGUUCAUGACCAUCUUUAUCGGCUGGCUCUCGGACCGCCUCAAGACCCGUGCUCCCUUCAUCAUGAUUUUCGGCCUCAUCGGCGCCCUCGGCUACGGCCUCCUCCUCGCCAACGUCUCUACCGCCGUGUCGUACUUCGCCCUUUUCCUCGGCGCCUGCGGCAUCUACCCCGCGUUCCCGAUCAUCGUCGCAUGGGGUUCGAACAACUUUGGCGGCUCGCUCAAGAAGUCGGUCGCCACCGGCAUCCUCAUCUGCAGCGGUAACUCGGGUGGUGUCGCGUCCUCGUUCCUCUUCCCGGCCGAGGACGGCCCGCGCUUCAAGAAGGGCCACAGCGUGUGCAUCGGCUUCUGCUGCCUGCUCUCGCUGACCGGCGUCUUCUGGUGGUUCUACGCUGGGUGGGCCAACAACCGCAAGGCCGCGCGCAACGCUGCCCGCGGGCGCGAGUGGACCGCUGAGGAGAAGCUCGAGCUCCAGGACGAGGGUGACCACGUCGACUGGUUCUUCUACACGCGUUAAAGAUUAGAUGAGAGGACGAUAGCGGAGGG